GGCAAUGCCAAGGCCGCCAAGGAGGACUACUGCGACAUGGUCAAGUCUCGUCACCCCGAGGUGGAUGACCCCUUGAGCAUUCCGGUCGACGAGGAGUCGUUGGUCCUGUCGGGGCACGGGCGUCCGCAUGGCCGUUUCCCUUGGAUGAAUAAGGUGGUCAAGCCUACCCACUCCACGAGCUACACGCGCCUCAAGCAUACCCUCACCGCCGACAGCCCCCAGCCUCGUCCACGGCCUGCUCGUCCACCCGCCUACGAUCCUGACUUCGAGGCGGCCUUCGAAGCCUGCAAUGAAGCGUAUCAGCAGGCCGCUGCCCAGUGGAAUAGGCAGAAUACGGCCUACAUGGCGUAUAUAGGAGAAAUGAUGAUUUCUAUGUCUACUGGUACACCGCCACCGGCUCGAGUUACCGUGGCGGGGGACAUGCCUAUCAUGCCAUCGAGGGCAGCUUUCGCUGCGACUUACUACGGAUCCACACCGGAGGGAACGGGAUGGUCCGGGAACCAGGCAUCACCGGGUGGGCGCGAGGUCACACCGGUUCAUGAAGGUGGUCGGUCUCCUGGGCGUUCUGCUGGUGCCUCUCCGUCGACUACUCCUGGGACUACUCCCGGUGCCUCUCCGUCGACUUCUCCUGGGCGUGCUACCGGUCCUUCUCCAGGUGGUUCUUCUGCAGCUUCUACCGGAGCGAAACCCCGGGCUGCUCGUUUCGCCAACGAUGUGGGCGGACACACCCCGCCCGGGUCCUUCCUCCGCUAGUCGGCACCGGGCUUCUUGCUUGCCAUCAUGUGCUACCUCAUGUGCUACUACUAUGUAUUGGAUGACAUGGCACUCUCCUCUUGUAUGCUAUUACAUGCACCAUGUAUGCUACUAUGUGGAUUUCAUGCUAUUUAUGUGAAUUAUGGUGAUUUUGGAUGUAUUUGGAUGCUACUAUGUGGAUUUCAUGCUAUUUAUGUGAAUUAUGGUGAAUUUGGA